GUGACUCUGACUUAAUGAAGGAAAACCUGCCAAAUAUACUUCUCAGGCUGAAGCAAGUAACACCUGACAUGGUGAAUUACCUUCCAAAGAAGUAGAUGGGAAUCGCAUUGUAUUUUCAGAUUGUGUUUUUAGUGGUGCUGGAAGUAAAUAGUGAAUUCAUUGUUGAGGUGAAAGAAGUAGACAUGGAAAAUGGCACCGCAAAAUGGCAAGUGGUCAGAAGACAAAAGCAGGAGUGGAUUGCUGCAACCUGUCGAGAAGGAGAAGAUAACUCCAAGAGGAAUCCGAUUGCCAGAAUUCGAUCAGACUGUGAAGUGAAUCAGAAGAUUACAUACCGCAUCUCUGGGGCAGGAAUUGAUCGACCACCCUAUGGAGUAUUCACCAUUAACCCUUGGACUGGGGAAAUUAACAUCACCUCAGUGGUGGACAGAGAGAUAACACCACUUUUCUUGAUCUAUUGCCGAGCUCUGAAUUCAUGGGGUGAAGAUUUAGAAAGGCCUCUUGAGCUUAGAGUCAAAGUUAUGGACAUAAAUGAUAACCCCCCCGUCUUUACACAAAAUGUGUACACAGCCAGCAUCGAAGAAAACAGCGAUGCAAACACUCUGGUAGUAAAGUUAAGCACCACAGAUGCAGACGAAGGCAAUCAUCUGAAUUCUAAAAUUGCCUAUAAGAUCCUCUCUCAGGAGCUGGCAGGUGCACCGAUGUUCAUCCUGAACAGGUACACUGGAGAAGUCUGUACUAUGUCCAAUUUCCUCGACAGAGAGCAACACAGUAUGUAUAACCUCCUUGUGAGGGGCUCAGAUCGUGAUGGAGCUACCGAUGGACUCUCUUUGGAGUAUGACUGUAGAAUCAAGAUUUUAGACAUCAAUGAUAAUUUCCCCACUUUGGAGAAAACUUCUUACUCAGCAAGUAUUGAAGAGGAUUGUUUAAGUUCAGAACUGAUACGAUUUCAAGCAAUUGAUCUUAAUGAAGAAGGAACUGACAACUGGUUGACAAAAUAUUUAAUUCUCUCUGGAAAUGAUGGGAAUUGGUUUGAUAUUCAAACAGACCCACAAACCAAUGAAGGCAUUUUGAAGGUCGUCAAGAGGCUGGAUUAUGAACAAGUGCCUAAUAUUCAUCUUAGUAUCAGAGUUAAAAACCAAGCUGAGUUUCACCACUCAGUUGCCUCUCAAUUCCGAAUGCACUCAACCCCUGUGAGAAUUCAGGUUGUUAAUGUGAGAGAAGGACCCGCAUUUCAUCCAAAUUUUAUGACUUUCAGUGUGCGAGAAGGAAUAAAAGGAAAUUCCUUAUUGAAUUAUGUGCUUGGCACAUAUACAGCUAUAGAUUUGGAUACAGGAAAUCCUGCAAAAAAUUUAUUUAAAAACAGGUGUAUCAUGGGACAUGAUCCAGGCAACUGGUUAAAAGUAGAUUCAAGGACUGGUGAGAUACAAUUUUCUAGGGAAUUUGAUAAGAAGUAAAAAUAUAUUACCAAUGGGAUAUACACAGCAGAGAUCCUGGCUAUAGAUCAUAAGAAAACGGAAAACAGCCACGGAACCAUAUGUAUCGAAGUUCCUGAUAUCAAUGAUUACUGCCCAGUCAUCGUUGCUGAGAGGGAAACCAUCUGCCUUGCCUCUUCCUCCAUCCUUAUCUCUGCAACAGUCAUUAACGAUCACUCUUAUGGGUCUCCCUUUACCUUCUGUGUUGUUGAUGAACCCCCAGGGACAGCGGACAGUUGGGAUAUCAGAUCAAUAAGUGCUACCUCUGCAAUCCUGACAGCUGAGCAGCCUUUAUAUCCCUUAUAUUACGAGAUCCCAAUCCUACUAAAGGACAGUUUUAACAGAGCAUGCGAAUUGCCGCAGAUCGUGGAGUUAAUGGCUUGCGACUGUGACAUCGACAACAUGUGCUUGUACCCGAGUACCACCGGCAUCAGCACUGGGGACGGCAGCUCCGUUACCAGUGUGUCUGUCACUGAUGACCAAACUGGGGGUUCAAAUGUUGGUCUCGGACCAACAGGGAUUGGCAUGAUUGCACUGGGCCUCUUACUACUGCUUCGUAACAAAAGUGAUGCAAGCGUUUCGGGUUUAGGGUGGGGAGGAGCUGCAGAACAGGCCAUCUGCAGACUCCUGAAGACUCCUGCUGUCCUGAAGACAGCAGAGACGCUGAGAGGGCUUUCCUUAGACAUCGCAUGCAGGCGGUUGGAAGGACUAAAGCAGCAGCUCCCUUGGAUUCGUUCACCAAGGAAAUCAGAGACAAUGGCUUGGUUCCUUUUCAGAACCACAGGGGCUCUGACCAUUUUAAUGGUGGUCCUUUUGGUUCAUGGAGAAUGGAGAAUAGAGACAAAAGGGCAACAUGGAGAAUAUGAGACAGCGGUACAACAAGGCAAAAGGAGAUACAAACGUGAAUGGGUGAAAUUUGCAAGACCCUGCAGAGAAGAAGAAGACAACUCGAAAAGAAAUCCAAUUGCCACAAUUACUUCAGAUUUCCAAGUAAGCCAGGAGAUCACCUACCACAUUACUGGAAUAGGAAUUGAUCAGCCCCCUCUUGGAAUCUUCAUUGUUGACAGAAACACUGGAGAAAUUAACAUAACAGCCAUAGUUGAUCGUGAGGAAACCCCAAGCUUCCAAAUUACCUGUCAUGCUCUCAGUGCCCUGGGACAAGAUGUAGAGAAACCGCUUAUACUAACAGUCAAAAUUUUAGAUAUAAAUGACAAUGCUCCAGUGUUCUCAACAACUAUGUUCAUGGGUGAAAUUGAAGAAAGGAGUGCUUCGAACUCACUGGUGAUGAUCCUGAAUGCCACAGAUGCAGAUGAACCGAACAACUUGAACUCUAAAAUUGCCUUCAAAAUUAUCUCUCAGGAACCUGCAGGCACACCCAUGUUCCUCCUAAGCAGACACACCGGGGAAGUCCACACUUUGACCAAUUCACUUGAUCGAGAGCAAGUUAGCAGGUAUAAUCUGGUUGUGCAUGGUGCAGACAGAGAUGGAGAAGGACUAGCAACACAAUGUAAAUGUAACAUUACAGUGAAAGAUGUCAACGAUAAUAUCCCAACGUUCAGAAAACUGCAGUAUUCAGCAAGUAUCGAGGAAAACACUUUAAGUUCUGACUUGCUUCGAUUUCAAGUAAUAGAUUUGGACGAAGAGUUCACAGAUAAUUGGUUUGCAGUGUAUUCCUUUACCUUUGGAAAUGAUGGGAACUGGUUUGAAAUACAAACUGAUCCCAUAACUAACGAAGGCAUCUUGAAGGUGGUUAAGUCUCUAGAUUAUGAACAACUACAAACUUUGAAACUUAAUGUCACCGUCAAAAACAAAGCUGAAUUUCACAAAUCAAUAAUCUCUCAACAUGGAGCCCAGUCAGUCCAACUCAUAAUCCAAGUAAUAAAUAUGAGGGAAGGAAUUAUAUUCCGUCCUCCUAGCAUGAUAUUUGUUGUCCCAAAAGGCAUAAGCGGUAUAUACCUGAUCAGUUAUAUCGUGGGAUCAUAUGAAGCCAUUGAUGAAGACACUGGCCAAGCUGCCUUAAAUGUCAGAUACAUCUUGGGACGUAAUGAUGGUGGUUUGCUAAUUAUUGGUUCAAACACUGCUCAAAUCGAAUUUGCCAAAACCAUUCGUUGGGAUGCUACUUUCAUGGUUAACAAGACAAUCACAGCUGAGGUCCUGGCCAUUGAUGAAAUAACAGGUAAAACUUCUACAGGCACCAUAUAUGUCCAACUACCUUAUUUUAACGAAAAUUGUCCAAUAAUUGUCCCGGAAAAGGAAAUAAUCUGUAGUUCAUCACCUUCCGUGGUUGUCAAAGCUACAUUACGGGGCAAGGGUGAAUAUACUGGCCCCUACACGCUUUCGCAGAAGGAGAAUACUACAGAACUGCCAGUGUGGGAGAUCACAACACUUGAUGCCAACUCUGCAAUGCUACGAGGCACACAGCAGGUAUCUCCCGGUGUGUACAGAAUCUCCCUGGUCAUCGUGGACAGCAAGGGCAUGUGGUGCGAGACCCCGGAGAGCUUGGCUCUGGAAGUCUGUCAGUGUGACAACAGUGGCACCUGUAGAAAUUUGACCCCGACCAAAACCCCUUAUCUGCCUACUGAAGAGAGGCCUGUUAGGCUGGGGCCUGCCGCCAUCGGCCUGCUACUCCUCGGUCUUUUGCUGCUGUUGUUGGCCCUCCUUCUGCUGCUGACCUGUUACUGUGGGACCGGUCCUUUCAGGGGAGUGACCGGUGGAUUCAACCCAGUGCCUGAUGGUUCAGAAGGAACAAUUCGUCCGUGGGGAAUUGAAGGAGCCCAACCUGAAGACAAGGAAAUCACAAAUAUCUAUGUGCCACCUAUAACUGCCAAUGGAGUUGAUUUCACAGAAAAUUCUGAAGUUCGUACAAAUACAUACGCUGGAGGGACGGUGGUGGAAGAAGCUUCGAGAAUGGAAGUGGCCACCAACCCUGGAGCAGCUUCAGCAUCUGGAGCUGCUGCAGAAUUCGGAGCAGCCGCUGGACUUAGCAACGAUUCCACAGGACGGUCCGGAACGAUGAGAACAAGGCAUUCCAUGGAAGACACCAACAGGGACUAUGGUGAAGGGGCAAUAAACAUGAACUUCCUAGACUCCUACUUUUCUCAGAAAGCAUUUGCCUGUGCCGAGGAAGACGAUGGCCAGGAAGCAAACGAUUGCUUGCUGAUCUAUGAUAACGAAGGAAUGGGUGCCCCUGGUUCUCCCAUCGGCUCCCUGGGUUGUUGCAGUUUUAUUGCUGAUGAGUUUGAUGACAGCUGCUUGGACUCACUCAGUCCCAAAUUUAAAAAACUUGCAGAGAUAAGCCUUGGGAUGGAUGAAGAAGCCAAAAACUCUCAGCCACCCACCAAAGAGAGCGGUUCUGGGAUUGAAUCCCGUGGCCAAUCCGUACAAGUCCAGCAGUCAGAAUCUGUUAGGUACCAGACUUUGUCAGGCAGCCAGGGAGCGUCUGUUUUGUCUGCUUCUGGCUCUGUCCUCCAGCCAGCCAUUUCCAUCCGUGACCCUUUGCAGCAUGGUGGCUAUUUGGUAACGGAGACUUGCUCAGCUUCUGGUUCCCAAGUGCAGUCUUCCACUGCAGUCUUUGAUCCACUUCUCACACAAAAUGUAAUAGUGAGGGAAAGAGUGAUUUGUCCCAGUUCCAGUGUUCCUGGAAACCUACAUGGUCUGGCAGAGCUAUAAGGGUCAGGUAGUAAAAUCUGUACAGAAGAUCCUUGUUCCCUUCUGAUGUGACCAGAAUGAACUGGAAUUAUAUACUGGCCAAAUAUGGAUAUGUGAACCAAAUUAUUCAAAAUAGCAUAGCAAAUCUCACAGUAUUGGUCUGAUUUGGCACUUAUUUGCUACUCUCAUAAACUGAUCAUGAUUACAGUCUAAAUCGUCUAGUUUAUAUCCCCAAACUGGAUGUGUUGUCACUCUUACUUCUCAAAUACUAUUCAAGGCCUAGUAAAUCUUAAUGCUUUACAAAAAAUCUUGAGAUCAUAUUCAGUGGGAAAUUUUCCUAAUAAUUUUUAAACUGCAAAUGCCAUGUGUUUUAGUGGAUUAAGUGCUUGGAGUCAAGAGCCCCAGUUGUUGAAUCUUUCACCUUUUCUUAUAUCAUUAAUAAUGAUAUGUCAUAAGGUCUUUGCUAAAGCAUUUUGAGCUGCUUGGAAAAAAAGGAAGUAGUUGCAAUUGAAUUUUUGCUAUCUUCUUGGUGCUGGGAGACCCUGGGUACAUCUUUUGCUCAAGCUAAUGGUAUUGGUUUAUGCAUUAAACUCGCUGCAUCUAUAUUCCUUAUAUUCUCACAAUAAGACAAUUUUGAAAUAGAAGUAUCACAGAAAACUUAGGAAAGUUUAGUAUGGUAUAAAUAUUUUGUGUUUUUUUAAAUCACCUUGAAAGGAUCUACCUAAAGAAAAUAUUUUACAUUAAGCUCCUCCCUACACACUUCUCAGUAACAGUAAUCCUGUGUUAAUAGUCUUUGAAAAUUACUCUUUAUUUUUUAAAUGUCAGUAGGUAGCUGUAACUUACAUAUCACUUACAGUGUUGUUUAUCAUGUUAACCGUGUCUACAGACUUCACGGGAAUACAAAACAUGGCUUUUCUCAUAAGCAAAAGAGGCCUCUGACUAGAAUAACACAGAGUGAAAUUUGUGAAUGUGUAUUAUACACAGUGUUUCUGGUCAAAAAAGGAUACAGAAAGGAAUUAUCAGUAACUCUGUUUUAUUAAGCCUCACUCCUUUUAAAUUAAGCUGCUACCGCAAUUUAAUUCUUGAGCAUAACAAUGUUAGGUAAGCGACGGCUUAGAAUAUGUCAUUUCAGGGGUAUUAUCCUGAUGGCAACGCAGUUCUUCAAAUCAUUUCUGAUCAUUCAAGGUCUUCAGCCUUUAGCCCAUAGAGAGCACCCUACCUCUUAUCAACAUUUUUGUCCUUAACUGAGUCUUUACAAGGUCAUUGUCUGGCUCUAUGCUCUGUUAUCUCUAAUUGUAUAUAAAAUACUCCUUUCUGGUUUUUGCCAUAUUCAAAACCUCUAUUUGUUUUUUAGACGGAAUGCAAAGUAAUGAAGCGUUUGUUUUUUAACCCAGAAGGGUACAGUCCUGAGGGUUCCUGGGGGUGGGGGGGAAGAAACCCCCUAAAUAUCCUUACAUCUAGCAUUCUUCCCUCUCCCUGGUGCCAUGACCACCAAGAAGGCAUGUGCUAAGACAGCCCGAGAAGCACAGACAAUCUGUUCUUCCAAGACUAGGCAGCUGUGGCAACAAGGCUUGCAGGGUGCCCAUCUUGAAGUGAGGGGAGCUAGACCCUUUGGAGCAGCCUGCCAGGUCCUGAGGAAGUCACCUUGCUAUUACCACUAGGGCCUCUUCUCAACAGAGGGGUCUUGCUCUGGGAUCUAGAACACACAGAGUUGACUUGUGACUCUUGUUUAUGCAUGAGAAUUAAAUUAUAAUCAGAAUAACCCUUGUUCCAAGUUCAAAUGUGUUUUCAGGAUCCUCAAAGUAUUUUAACAUUGCCUCUUAAAAUCCAACUUAUGAAAUGGGAAUUUUGCUUCGUUGUCAAACUGCAGAGGAAACUAUGCCAUAGUAGUAAAGACUAAUAAGGGAAAAAUUGAAAUUAAAGGAGUUUUAAAAUAAAAAUAGAUCAAUCUUGUCUAGAAGGACCUAAAAUUGAUUUGCCAUGUAAACGAAAUUCAAAGCAAAAAUGUAUCUGUAUUUUUUCACUAAAAAUAAAAAUUGUUUUCAACAGAAAAACUUUUUAAAAACUGUCUUUUGACUUAAUGUAUUAUAAUUUUUAAACAGUAUAUACUAAAACUUUAAGUCAAACAUUGUUAUAAUAAAACUGUUUU